GGCAGGUUGAUGAGGUGUCACGUGUCUGGGCAGGACGGACUCAAGGAUCGCGUGGACCAUCAUGACGAGUGACGCCGCCCCAUCGAUGCCUCACAGCACUGUUGAGCACGUGAUCAGGAGCGUCCUCCCGAUUGGUUGCCAUCGCUUCCUCCUCGGCCGCGCGGAGGAGGCGGGGCCGGUCCACGUCUUCCUCAGGGGCGUGUUUGGCGCGCUGAGCGGCUCAGCCAUUUUCCUGGGUGUGGCGCAGAGCCUCCCGCUGACCUUUCACCUCAAACUGGCCAUAGGAUGCGUUUCCGCUGGGCUGUGUCUUGUGGGCGGGGCCGUGUCGUCGUCCUUCAGGUGCUCAGUCCUGCUGGUGUUUCCCAGCAUGCUCGGCUCCCGGGGUCGGGCCUACCUCAUGCUGCUCAUCGUCACAAUGCUCUACUCAGGUCCGGUGUCCAACAUUGAGAGGAACGUUCAGGCAGCUGCAGAGAGUCUGAGCUGCAACUUGGACCUGCAGCUCCACAACAGCAAGUUGCUGUGGAGAGACGCCGUCAAACCUUUUCUCACGCUGGCCCAGGAAGUCACGGAGGACGAGGCGGAGUUGCAGUUGGAGGCCCUGGAUGCCGACGAGAAGUUCCGGGUCAUCCAGGACCAGGUGGCCCAUCAGUACGGCUACGAUCCGCUGAAGAGCGGAGACGACGCCAGCAGGAGCACGCAAGAGCAGUUCGUCACCCAGACCAUGAUGCAGUGCGACAGUAUGGUCAACCAGGGCGUCCAGCGCUGUGCCGAUUGGUUCGGUCUGAAGUGGGCGGAGUGCAUGGAGGCCGUCCACGUGCCCGUCAUCAACCACAUCCUGUGUGUGCCCAUGAAGUUCCACUUCCUGUGUGACAUCAUGAGAGUGAUGACGCCGUGGUGCAAGGAGCACGUUCCUGUGGAGGGAAACUUUGGACGCCUCUUUGACCGCCUCAACGACUCCAUGGACCUUCUAACGCGGGAGUUCAGCACCAACCUGGUCAUGCAGGAGCAGGAACAGGACGUGUUUGAGGGACAGAUCCUGGAUCAGGAGUUCACACAAUCCGUGCAAAGUUCUUUCCAAAAAGUGACAACUCGGAUGCAACAACUGCUGGACCUCCUUCACCUGCUCAUGUCCUUCACCUUCAUCACCUUCUUCACACAGUCGCUUGGAUACACACGUGAGUUCCGAGGAGACAUCUAUUUUGACAACAUGUACAUCACAACAUAUUUCAAAAACAUAGACAGCCGCAGGAAGACAAGGGGUAAACGUUGUUUGUUGCCUCUCAGUUCGACUGACAGAAAAAAGUUUGUUGACCCCUGGAGUCCCAGAAUUCACCCUGAAGAAGUCAAACAAGUGUUAUCAGGUGUGCUGCAGGUGCUGUGUUUGCUGGUGGUGGGUGUGGUCCUGCUGAGUGUGGAUUGGUCCGUGGUUCGUGUUCUGGAUGUGGUCAGCAGACACACUCAGACACAAUUCAACUUCACCAGCAGCCAUCAGGUGGACAUCCAGGUAGGCGGAGACUCUAUGAUGGCCCGCCUCCUACGGAAGACGGUGGAGGCGUUUAACAGCUCGUCCAGUGUCCACAUCAUCACGGACAACCGUCGUAGGGUGCGCGACUCCGCCGUCCUUCCUCCCCGCCAGUGCGUAUGUCAGCUGUGUUUGUUGCAUCCUGCUGGCGGCGCUCCUCAGCUGCAUGCAGGUGUACACCAAUCGCCUCCGCAGGGUCAUCGCCGCCUUCUUCCACCCCAAGAGAGAGAAAAGACGGGUGUUGUUUCUAUACAACGUCACCCUGUACGGACACAAGUCAGACACCCAGUCUGCACCGAGCAGCAUAAAGGUGUUGGAUUGUUUCACCGCCUGCACUCGUGCGUGUGCAGGGCGGCAGGAAGCAUCUCGCUCUGAGGGAGGUGAAAGGUCAAAGUAGUUCUGUCCUCUCAACACGGGCAGCAGAGGGCGCUGUCUGCGCCUUUUCACCUCCACAAGCUUUUUAAUAGAACAUUUCCAUAAAUCAAUCAGUUGUAUUUAUUUGGAACACGUGAAAAACAUUUAACAAUUCAAAAAGUUCAAAGAGGAGAACGCAUGCGGGGGCUAUUUUGAUAUUUUUCCAUUUCAAGGCCAAUGCAAUAUAUAAUACCCAAUGUAACUCUUAGGGCUCCCCUCAAUUUUGGUGAUUGUGAAAGGGUCUCAAUCAUUAAAGUGUUCAAAAUAAGUAAUUUAGUAAUUAUUUUUAUACUUUCAAUACUUAUCAUUUAAAAAAGAUUAAUACAUACUUAAAUAUCCAUAGAUCCCCUUCAGAUCGAUUUGUUGUCAAAUAUGGAGCUUUUACUUUUUUUAGGUUUUAAAUAAUAAAUAAAUGAUAAAUGGGUUAUACUUGUAUAGCGCUUUUCUACCUUCAAGGUACUCAAAGCGCUUUGACAGUAUUACCACAUUCACCCAUUCACACACACAUUCACACACUGAUGGCAGGAGCUGCCAUGCAAGGCGCUAACCAGCAGCCAUCAGGAGCAAGGGGUGAAGUGUCUUGCCCAAGGACACAACGGACGUGACUAGGAUGGUAGAAGGUGGGGAUUGAACCCCAGUAACCAGCAACCCUCCGAUUGCUGGCACGGCCACUCUACCAACUUCGCCACGCCGUUUUAAAAAAGAAAGAAUUUUUUUUUUUUUUGUGUGUGGCUAAAACACAAAAUA